GUCCUGUGUCCUAAGCAGCUUAAGACAUAAUACAGCACAGAACUGUGGAUAAAUCAUAUAUUGACGCUUACAAAUGUAUAUAUAUAUUGAGAACUGAACAAAAGAUAGUCAUUUAUUAAUAUUUCAGGGUUAGCUUUAGAAGAAAAUAAGAUUUUGCCAUGCUUAACAGUGUCUGCAGUGGUUGUAUCCUCCUGACUGCCAUGGAGUUCUAUAUCAGACACACCUGGGACAGCGUACCUGUGGAUCAUAAGCCGGUAAAGAUUCGCUUCUCACCUGGCGAGGAAGGUUUGUUAAUGCAGGUGACUGCUCCUUUCUUCAAUGACCCCCCUGCACCAGCCGGACCACCUGGAGAGCCGUUCCCUGGUCUCUGGGACUAUGAGGUGGUAGAAUCCUUCUUCUUGAAUAGCAACACUGAGCAAUAUCUAGAGGUGGAAGUCUGCCCACAUGGACAACAUCUUAUUCUGCUACUGAAUGGAAAACACAAUGCGUUCAUGCAACAACUCCCUAUAUCAUUCCAAGCCGAUAUAAAGAACAAAAAAUGGAAGGGAGAAGCACUUCUGCCUUGGAGGUAUUUCCCUCAGGGCAUUAAUAAGAUGAACUCCUACGCCAUCCAUGGCUCGGGUGCAGGAAGGACUUAUGAGUCUCUGUAUCCUGUUCCUAGAGAAGACCUGCAAGAAGGACAGGGACCAGACUUCCAUCGACUUGAGUAUUUCCAAAACUUCACUCUCCAAAGCAUCAUGGGAGAAGACUGGGUUCAGCCAGAAUCUGACCUGUGGAAUUUAGCAAGCAAAUGACCAGCCCAAAAUCACAAACCAAGUCUCAUAACCAGCUUUUUAAUACAGCAAUUACUUGUAAUUUGCUUCUAUGGCUAAGUUAGAGCAUAAACUCCACUGCAGUCUAAUCAAAGUUAAUGAUGUGGCUUGUGUUAUUGUGGGUGUAAUGGCAAUAUAAUGGCUUUUAUUAUCACAAUUUAAUAAAUCUUUUUAUCACUAAUGCAGCACUAAUCUCAGCAGUUAAGCAUUCCAUCCAGCACCAAGCAUCUAGGCUAUACAAUAUGUAGCGAAUUGGAAAUAUGUUAAUUUUUAUACUGAAAUGAAAUUAAUUUUUUUUAAAAUGGAGAUGCUAAAUGUGGAAAUAGAACAUUAAAUAAACAAAUGAUAACAUUCA